UUGUUCGACCUUUGGCUGUGAUGAAAGAACAUGCUCAAUCUGUAGGUAUUGAAUACUAUCCCGAUAUAGUGGUCGAUACUCAGAAAGAUAUCUUGGAGAUAUUUGAAGAAUUUCGUACCUGCAUGGAAGCUAAAGAUAGGUAUUUGAAAGCUUUUUUUGAUGAACUUGUAUUAUCAGCAAAUUUGUCACAAAAAAAGUGUGAAUCGUAUCCUAAAAUUAUGUCCCAGUUGCUACUCGUUU